CGCGCGCGCAGCCAAGAAUCGCUCCAAACCAGUCGCCGCCCGACCGCCGCCACGAACGGACGUAUGGAUUUAGUGAAGUGCAGUGAAAUGUCAGUGUAGUGUCGAUAAAUUACAGUGUUUUAUAUUAAACUAUCAAAAUGCAAGGCCGGGAUAAAUUAUGCGCGAAGCUCACCAGCGCGUUUCUAAGGAAGUGGUGGUUUGUGCUGGCCACCGCGGUGAUCCUGCUGCUACUGGGCAUCAUCUGCGCGAUAUUCUUCGGCACGUGGGUCCGGCUGUUUAUUGACCAUGAGCUGGUGCUUCGCCCCGGCUCGAUGACGUUCGAGUGGUGGGCGCGGCCGCCGGUGCGGCCCUUCGUGCGGGUCUACGUGUACAACGUGACCAACGCCGACGAGUUCCUCAACAACGGCUCCAAGCCCGUGCUGGACGAGCUCGGACCUUAUGUCUACUCGGAAGAGUGGGAGAAGGUUAACAUAACCGACAACGAGAACGGGACCCUCUCGUUCCACUACCGGAGGACGUACACCUUCCAGCCUGAACUCAGCGCGGGGCCUGAUGACGAUGCUGUGGUCGUGCCUAACAUUCCCAUGCUGAGCGCCACCUCCCAAUCCAAGCACGCGGCGCGGUUCCUCCGCCUGGCCAUGGCUUCCAUCAUGGACAUCCUCAAGAUCAAACCAUUCGUGGAGGUGUCAGUCGGUCAACUACUCUGGGGGUACGAGGAUCCUCUCCUGAAGCUUGCCAAAGAUGUGGUGCCGAAGGAACAGAAACUGCCGUACGAGGAGUUUGGACUGUUCUAUGGGAAAAACGGCACCUCCUCAGACGUGGUCACGAUGUUCACUGGCGCCGAAAGCAUGAACCGCUACGGUAUCUUUGAGAAGUACAACACGCGGGACCGUCUCCAGCACUGGACUACUGACCAAUGCAACAGCAUCGCCGGGUCAGAUGGGUCGAUAUUCCCGCCGCAUAUCACCAGGAAUGAUACGCUGAACGUGUAUGACAAGGAUCUGUGCAGGCUGCUGCCUCUCAAGUGA